GCCUAAGAAGGCUCGCGUCGGCGUCUGGCUAUAGGCGGCCAAUCUAUGUGUUUAUGACCGGGUUUUCGUCUUUUACGAGAGCAGACAGAGUGAAGCAGUGCCUGGCAGAAUGUCCGAUCAAGAUCAACUGAAGAGAAAAACGAGGCUACAGCGCUUCGGACCUGACAGUGUACACAGCUGGAUGACAGCAGGUGCGUGUGGACUGUCCAGCUUCUUUGCGUCUUGCGCCGUCCGCUCCGGUGGCUUCGUGUUCGUGGCCGUCCAGGAAAAGUGGCAAACGAGCCGGAGGGACGCUGCAUGGCCAGUACUCAUGAUGGCCGCAGGGAUCCAGGCUUCCGGGGUGCUCUCGGGGCCACUUGCGCAGCGCUUCACCGUGAGGCCGGUGGCCAUUGCGGGAAGCAUCAUGGCUUCAGUUGGUCUCAUCCUCUCAUUCUUCGCAACCAGCACAGCCGUACUCACCCUUACGCUUGGUGCCAUACACGGAAUUGGUGCUGGCAUGGUCAUAAUGAGUCAGCCAAUGUGUCUGGUGCAGCACUUCAUUAUACACAAGGGCCUCGCUACGGGCCUGAACUUCGCUGGAUCGGCGUUGGCGUUCUUCGUUUUCCCCAUGCUCAUGGAGGUCCUUACGGAGGUGUAUGGCUUCGGAAGCGCCAUUCUUUUAUUCGGUGCCAUCUCACUAAACGCCACAGCUUUUACCCUGUUCGUCCGCCAGCCAGAUUGGCUGGGGCCAUGCACACUUGUCACCAAGGGUGACAAGACCAGCCACCAAUGUGGCGGCAGGUCCAGUGUUACCGCUACACCGAGUGUUUCGAAGACAUGCGAAAUCAAUGUGCGUCCAGGCAAUGCACCAAAAACCUACGACACAGCAAGGGAAGGUCAGAAGAUUUCCUCCACUGGCGAUGAGCCUAAACAGAACAGCAAUCUUCAAAGGUGGGAAACGACCCAAACAACUUUGAUUGCACCUGAUGAGCCCAUGACCAUAAAGUUCAUGUCCAGGCGAGUGUCCAUGAGUGCUGUCUUCGAGUCAGUUGCGAACGCAGUAGAAAUCAUUAAAAAGUUCAAGAAGUGUCCUGAACCUGGUUCACUACGCCACGGUCUGACUGUCGUCAAGGAGCCCAUCUUCUACUUGAUCUUGUACACGUUUUUGUGCUACAGUUUGACGUUCGACUGCUACAGUUCUCUGCUCGUAGACUUUGCCGUCGGCAAAGGAAUUGCCGUGCGAAGCGCUGUCACCAUGACAUCGAUCACUGCCUUGGUAGACCUUGCUGCUCGCCUUCUGCUUCCCAGCAUAGCCGACAGGGGCAUACUAUCGAGAGUGUGUAUGCUGGUUUUUGUUAAGCUUACCAUCACGAUCGUUAUGUUUCUGCUCCCUCACGUGAGUUCGUACGGCGUCAUCUUCGCUCUCGCCAGCUGUAUUGGACUGUACGUAGGAUGCGUGGUUGUGAUGUGCUCGGUGCUGAUAGCGGAAUUCCUGGGCGUCGAUCGCGUGCCGCUUACCUAUGGCCUUGUCACGGGAGUGACAGGACUGACUGCAUUUGCCAAACCACCACUCAUUGGGUACUUCCGUGAUCGAACGGGUUCUUACGACGCGGUCUUCCAGUUGUGUGGGUUGCUGCAGUUGAUUUGCUUUCUGCUGUGGCUCAGCGUCUGCGUGGCUGAAAGGUUCUCCAAGCGGCGCAAAUGGUCUCCCAAGGACGAGCUGAACAGGGCUGCGAUGCAUGUGUGCAAGUUUGUCUAUUUACCCGGUGCUGGCUUUUCAGUGUGCAGUGGCAGUCCCUGUGACCUGAGAGACGACCAAAAAGUUCGUAAACCGAGUAUGGUAACGACUCUGUGCGAGAGAAGCUGCAGUGUAGCAGGCCUUUCCUAGGAAACAAAUUGCGAUUGCCCGGUGGGGACUACUACUCUAUAGUCGUCAUCCGGUAACAUUUGUGAUAGGCGUGUAAUAUUAGAAUUGUGGACGCAGACUGGCACCUGAAAGUACUGCACCACUGAUCGAGAAUUCUAAGCCAUCUCACUCAGACGGACGGAAAAAUGACCAGUCACAAGAGGGUGCCUUAACGCCACCGCAACUGUACCUGCAUGUAGGAGGCUGUUUGUGACAGUGAUAUGAAAUAAGGCUGUGCUGUGCCGCGUUGUAUAAGCAUGUGACAUGUGAUGACAGAA